AUGGUUGGGACCUGGGAGCACUCAGAAAUGUGUUUUCCUAGUGGGCCACAGCGUUCACGGGUGGACGGGUGGACCUGUGGGCCACAACAUUCACAGAAAGCAAUAGCAGCGUGUCCGGUGUGUGAAGCCUCCCGCUGGUCCAAACCACGUGUGUCUGGUGUGUGUGGGUUUGCCUGUGCGCAUGUCCUCCCACCGGUUAGCCACUCAGCGCAGCUCUGGACAGAGGAGAUUGGUGAUUUGGGUGGUGCUGGGUACGCCUCGGCUCCUUGCAGUGGUUGUAGGAUUGCCGCCGCCGUGAUGUUCCGGCUAUUGGUGCUGCUUCCCGCGACUGCUUCUUGGGGCGCUGCUUCCCCGUCCAUACGAUCUACGCCACUGCUGUUCAGAUCAUCCGUCUCUCCCUUCCGUCUGCUCGAUCUGCUGCUCUGCCCUGAUCUGGAGGAGAUUGAUCGGUGCACCCACCGCAUAGAGCCGAAGGAAGUGUGUCAAUCUAGCAAUACAUGGAGCCGGCCAGCAACCAGCGACGCAGCCACCAUUUUCUUACCUGCUCUAAGCACACAGUCAAUUUUGUUUCAGAUGGAAUGCAUUCAGCAUACAUGGUGGAAGAGAGCUGCCCCCGGGCCCUCACUACUGAACAAGCACGCCCACAACAAGCACAUGGAGAUCUUCAUCACAGGGGUUUAUGCAGAGGGACCAGCUCGACCUGGUGGAGCUGCUGCAGUUGCUAUGCUUAUUGGUCCAAAUGCACCUUUUUCUUUCGAAAGCAAAUAUAGAGCUUUUCACAUGACUCAUGUUUACGAUCUCUACAAGUCUCAUCUUGCAAGUGAAUAUCCGGGUCGGCAAUGGGUGAUCUCAAGGAGUAUGACGGCCUGAGGCCCAUCUCAAAUAAGGCCCAAUACAUCAGUCUUAUAUCUUAUCUUAUAUAUACUAAUUGGAGGCACCUUUCAAGUUCUCUCACUGAUACACAUCAUUAAAAUUAAUUACAUUGUUGAAUUAAAGAAUUUAUGGACAAGAUAAAAGGAAAACUCACGUAACAGAGUUGUCAUGUCGCCUAGAAAAAGGCAUUUGACACGUCCAACAUUGUAAAACAAAUGAGGCACCUUUCAAGUUCUCUUACUAAUCCACAUCAUUGAAAUUACUUACACCAUUGAAUUAUAGAAUUUACGGACAGGAUAAAAGGAAAACUUCUGUAAUACAGAUGGUCUUGUCACCUAGAAAAAGGCAUCUGACACGUCCAACGUCGUAAAACAAAUGAAGCAAUUUUUUAAAACAAAAACUCCAUCCAUUCCUCUAACUUGGAUAACGGAGUUGGUCAUGUCCGUUAGGAAAAGGCAUAUGACAAGUUCAACGUUGUAAAACAAAGCGACUAUAAGUCAUUGUGUGCCUGGAGCCUACCAAUGAUUGUCGAUGAUUGAUGAGUUCUUUCGGCAAAGCAACUAUAAGUCGUUGUGUGCGAGAAGCUAAUGAUUGUGCUCACGAACUUGCUCGCUUCAGUUUCGAAGGACAAGAAACACAGGUGUGGAAUGAUAAACCCCCGGGCUUCUUGAUCCCUUUUAUUGUAAAA